AUUGAAAACUGCGAUUCAAAUGUGAAGAAAUUUAGAACGCACGCAUACAAUCAUCGUGCAACGGUCCGAAAACAAGAAAAAUACCAAUCAAUUGUGGAAUAAUUCUUUGAUAACAGUGAAUUAGUCACGGAUUUUGGUGAUUGUUUAAAGAAUUUUUCAUUUUUUUCUGUUGUGGAACGUAAAAAAAACAUAUAAAAAUGCCAAACGAAAUGAUAACACUGCAGCUGGGCCAGUGCGGCAAUCAAAUCGGUUUUGAGUUUUGGAAGCGAUUGUGUCUGGAGCAUGGCAUUUCACCGAAUGGUACGCUCGAGGAGUUUGCAACAGAUGGUGGCUUGGACCGAAAGGAUGUAUUUUUCUAUCAGGCCGAUGACGACCAUUACAUUCCACGAUCAGUGUUACUCGAUUUGGAACCGCGUGUCAUUCACUCCAUCAUGAGUUCGCCGUAUGCUAAAUUGUACAAUCCAGAGAACAUUUACUUAUCGAAAGAUGGUGGUGGUGCCGGCAACAAUUGGGCAUCGGGUUUCAGUCAAGGCGAAAAAUUACAAGAAGAAGUGUUUGACAUCAUCGAUCGUGAGGCGGAUGGCAGUGACAGUUUGGAGGGAUUUGUUCUGUGUCAUUCGAUUGCUGGCGGCACUGGCUCAGGCAUGGGAUCCUAUAUCAUGGAACGGCUGUCCGAUCGAUUUCCCAAGAAAUUGAUUCAAACAUACAGUGUGUUCCCGAAUCAAGAUGAAAUCAGUGAUGUCGUUGUUCAACCGUACAAUUCACUUUUGACUCUGCGACGAUUGACCAGCUGCGCUGACUGUGUCGUUGUUUUGGAUAACACAGCACUCAAUCGCAUCGCCACCGACCGACUUCACAUUGAGAACCCGAGCUUCACACAAAUCAACACGCUGGUAUCGACCAUCAUGUCAGUGAGCACAACAACACUGCGGUAUCCGUCGUAUAUGAAUAACAAUUUGAUUGGAUUGACAGCACCAUUGAUUCCAACGCCACAAUUGCAUUUCCUGAUGACGGGAUACACUCCACUCACCACCGACAGCGAUCAAACGGUGAAUAUUCGUAAAACAACCGUUUUGGACGUGAUGAGACGAUUGCUGCAGCCAAAGAACAUGAUGGUCUCAACUGGAUUGGACAAAACCAACCACCAUUGCUAUAUUUCCAUUUUGAAUAUCAUUCAGGGUGAGGUCGAUCCAACACAGGUGCACAAGUCAUUACAGCGUAUUCGAGAGCGUAAAUUGGCACAAUUCAUCCCAUGGGGCCCAACGAGCAUUCAAGUUGCACUGUCACGAAGCAGCCCAUAUGUACAGAGUAGCCAUCGAGUUUCAGGGCUUAUGCUUGCCAAUCACACCAGCAUUUGUUCGCUAUUCGAGCGUGUUCUGAACCAAUAUGACAAACUGCGUAAGCGAGGUGCUUUCUUGGAUCAGUUCAAACGUGAGGAUAUGUUCAAAGAUGAUCUGUCGGAGUUGGAUGAAUCUCGUGAGGUGGUCGACAAUCUUGUCCAAGAAUACGAAGCGGCCACACAGCCCAAUUAUCUCAGUUGGCAAGCUCAAAAGCCAGCCGCCUAAGCACAAAUACUAUUUUAAAAGAAAUACUCAACGCAUGCCAAGUACUAAUGCCAAGUCACGCGCAAAAAUUCCCACUGUUCAUCAAUUCCAAUUUAGUCAAGGCUCUUGUUUUUUUUUAAAUCGUUUCGCACAUUUGGCGAUUUGCACCAACAAACAAAUAUGUUCGACGUAAAUGUUAGCCUUAAGAAAGCAUGUUCAGUGCACAAGUUGCCAAUUAAAAUAGAAAAAAAGAAUGUUUUGGCACAAAAGCCACUAAAAUAAAACACACACACAACACAUUUUGAGUCUCAAAUAA